GCUGCUGGUGCUACCGCGGCUGGCAUUCGCGUCUAACGCGCAAGUUUUGGCGGCAUCAAUCGCGAAAGAGGCCGGUAGCAGGACGUGUCUCGCGAAUGAACGACCGGACGCUCGCCGGCAGUCACGGGAUGCGAUCACCGCCGACCGGUACCACCCUCGGAGCGUCGGCGGACCGUUUCAGGAGCGACCGGCGCCGGUUCGAAAUGUGAAAAAGAUCGUGCGGGAAGCGAUGUGGCUUCCGUUGAUGCUGCUCGCCUUGAUGGCGACCGGCUCCGCGUGCCCGGAUCUGUGCGAGUGCCAUCACCAGACGUCGGUCACCGAGGACACGGACUUGGUUCUCGUCAAGUGUCGCGGUCGUGUGCCGCCGCUCGGCCAGCUGUCCCCGAAGACGAGCAGCCUGUCGGUCGAAGGCGCGGAGGACUACGAGGUGAUCAACUUCUUCGACGAGCUGGAGGCGACCGACCCGCCGGACGAUUUCGGCUUGAUCGGCAGGCUGAACGAGCUGGACGGGAACGAUACCCGGUUUGCGGACAACUCGACCGUCGGCUUGGCUCGCCUCGGCGAGCUGUCGUUCACGAACUGUUCCCUGGUGUUCUUGAACGCGACGUGGCGCGGCUUCGAGCGCAUCCGAUCGCUGAAUCUGUCAUGCAACAGCCUGGUCGGGCUGGACGACCUGGCCGCGGUCCGCGCGGUCAACAUGACCGGCUUGGCGAGGCUCGACCUGUCCGACAACGCGAUCACCGGCCUCGGUGCCGGCGGAUUUAGGACGCUUUCGGGAUUGGUGAGGUUGAGUUUGAGAAGAAACGCGAUCGCCUUAGUGCACCCGGACGCGUUUCAGGGCCUCGACCAACUGGAGUUCUUCGACCUGUCGGACAACCGGCUGGCCAAGCUGCCGGACAACGCGCUCACGCCGCUCUACUCGCUACAGAAGUUGGAUCUCAGCGGGAACCAGUUGCAGGUGUUGGGCACCAGGUGGUUCGAGAACUUGAACAGACUGAGGGAGUUGGACGUCUCGCGGAACGGACUGGCGCGGGCUGCCUCGGGUACCUUGCAACCGCUGCCGGGAUUGUCUGUGCUGAAGCUGUCCGAGAACCCGCUCAAGGAAAGGGACGUGUCCCUGCUGUUAGGUACCGGCAGACGAUUGGAGACCGUCGACGCGUCCCGCACAGGCCUCGCCAGAGUUCCGGCCGCAUUAACGAGAUCCGUGAGAGCUCUUCGACUGGCCGGCAACAAAUUGACCACCAUCCGCGGCGGCGAUCUAGAUAGCUAUCCCCUGUUGCGGAUAUUGGACAUCUCUGAGAAUCGAUUGACGGAUAUCGAAGACGACGCGCUGGGUCGCUUGGAAGUGCUCGAGGAGCUGGACAUUUCUGGCAACGUCCUGGUUCGCGUGCCCCGCAGUCUUCCGAGCAGCUUAACCGAUUUAAACCUCCGCCGGAACAGGAUCCAAGGUCUGAAGCUGAACGAUCUGCAGGGGCUGUGCAAUCUGAAAACGCUGACGCUGAACGACAACGACAUCGGCGAGAUCGAAGUGGGCUCGCUCGGCCAAUUACCGGUGCUCGAGGAGCUCGAUCUGUCCAAUAAUCCCAUUAAAACGCUGCCAGCUAAUACGCUGAGUGGACCGAGCAAUCUCGCCAAGCUCCGUAUGUCGAGACUAUCCUCGCUCCAGCGACGGCAGGAAGAGCAGAGCGACAUGGCGUUCCCGGUACCUACGCCCGAAAGGCUCGUGCUGCUCGACGUCUCCCAGAGCCCAGUCCUGGCCAGGCAGCUUCUAGCGGACGACGCCGCGUUGUCCGCCUGCAAGAGCCUGCAGGAGCUGGAUCUCUCCGCGACCAACGUCACCGGGCUCCGAUUCGACCUGCCGUACAUGCUGCCGCAGCUCAGAAUCCUGCACCUUAGCGGGAACAAUUGGAACUGCACCGAGGAGCUCUACUGGAUAGCCGAAUGGCUGCAGCAGCGCAAACAGCUGAACAAAGACCUGGAGCCCGGCCGAUGCGCGACUCCGCAAGAGCGGUCCGGAUCGCUGCUCCGUGAUCUACCAUCGCCGCCAACCCCGGUGCUGGCCGUCGCGACGAGCACGGAAGCUGUCGAUCACCCGGCAGAGUCCACCACCGAGUACAAAUCGUCGCAGGAUGCCUCGAGGCCGCCAAUCGCCGGUAACGAGACCCGCUUCUUCGAAGCGCCGACGUUGUUCAGGAACGCGAGCGCCGCGCGGCAGAAGAUAAUCGAAGUCAAUCGGACGUCGGCGGAGAUCAAGAAUUCCAUUACGGACGUCGCCGGGCACGAACCGUCAAUUAACGGGAUGGACGAGCGGAAGAGCGAGCCUGUCUCCUUCAUGCUGACGAAACUGGCCGCGCGGAAGCGGACGGAGGAUGAGACGGAAGCCGACGCCAAGCACUCGAAGAUCCUGAAUAGCAACUUGACGAAAGAGAGCUCGCUGCUCGGCGACGGACUCGACUCGAACGCGGUCCAGGAGGAGUUGAACAGCAGAGCGAUUAAUCCCGACGCCAGAGUGUCCGAGGCCCUAUCGGCUGGUGCUCAUCCAGGGAUGCUGGUGCUCGCCGGAGCCGUGCUGGGUGCUGCAGCGGCGCUGACUGUGGUGCUGUCGCGAAGAGCCACCUUGCGCCGCAGGGACAGGUAUCACCGUCACGAGAACAUCGAGGUGCACACGCUCACUCCGACCACGGAGCUUUGGUGACCGGAGUCGGAACACGCUCGACUGUUCGAGAGGGAGCGCAGACAGAACGAUCAAGAGAAACCCGUCGAGCGAUCCUCGUCGCUGAUGAGCUGGCCCGGCUCGCUGCUCGGCGGAUGCUUCCGGACGUCGCUCGAGCGAGCCUGAGAAGAGGAUCAGAUCGAAGACUCCCGACCGUGGUUUCACGUUCGUCCGCGAUCUAGAUCAUCCCGGAGGGCUAGGGUCAAGGUUCAGUACAAACUCGAAGAGGAGAUUGUCCCCGCAUUGGACCCGGUCCGUCGGGAGGCAGCGCGAGUCGGCGUCCGAGCUUAGAGCUCGUUCGAGCGCUCGAUUACGUUCAGCGGGGAAUCGAUACGCUUUCAGCGGGGGAGGAUGAUUGGACGAGAAUAUUCGUUCCGAAUUAAAAUUAAACACGCUCACGCGAGGGGUCUUGAUCGAUCGUCAAACACACACGUUCCCGACUACUUCGAGGAUCCAAUCGCUGUCCGCGCCGCGCCGCGUCGCGACGGGAGAAGAGAGAAAGAGAGAGAAACACCGGCGAGAGAGGAGAACCGCAGGAGGCAAUAAUUACCGCUGACAGCUGCGAUCGAUCUCGGGCUCGAUCCGGAGAGUUCAAUAGCACAUAGUGACAAUAAUAACUGCAACGUGGCCCGCGCGCGCGUCUUCGAUGGUCCGAGGACACACGCGUCGUCCGACUCUCGGCAGGUUCUUCGCGCGGUGCACGCGAGCAGUGCGGGACACGGGCCGGCAAGCGGACAAGAAACUGGAGGGAAACGUGCCGCCGUGAAAUUUCGCGGUGGUGAAUUGUACGUUUGAAUGAUAGUGCAGGUGGGGACCGGAGAGAGACCGAUUGCUGAAGAACUUUUAUCGAACGCCGAGGGACUGAGUGAGAGAAGAGGUGUUCCUCGAGAGUACGCGAGCGUGUGCCGGUGAAUGGGGAUGCGAGAAAGCGUGCGAGGAACGAGCGAAGAGAGCAAGUAGCCCAGAGUAUGUAUGUAUGUGUGCACCGGUUUCUUCCGCGUCUGCGUGCGUAUGUCUGUUCCAUGUAUGUUGUGCAUGUAUAG